UUCCAGACUGAUGAUGUUGAAAGGAAGGGCUCUCACAAAAGGUCUUCAUCGUGGGGAAGUGCAGACAAUUUGAAAGAGAAAUACAAACAGCAGCUAAGAAAACAAGGUAAUCGCCAGUCCUCUUCCAGCACACAGCGGGCGUCGCCGGUCCAUGGGAACCACUCGACCGUCGCAAACCUUCCCUCACCCGUCAGUGCUCCAAGCUCUUCGUCGUCGUCCUCGUCAACGAUCUCCAUAUCCAAUUCCUCAUCUACUGCCUCAUCACAAACUUCCAUCCCCACACCACCACCAUCAUCAUCUAGCACGACGUCGGUUUCAUCGUCAUCGACCACUUUUCAGGUCUCUGUAUCGACGAGUCUGAUUGGUCAAGCGCACACACUUCCCCGCUCCACAGCCAUUCCUGUUCCCAACCACUUGAGGGCGCCGCCUGUUCCCAGGAUAAGGGGUAGCGUUGAGGGUCUGAACCAGGAAGUGGAGAAGCUCGUACUCAUUGGAAAUGACGAGGAAGAGAGGCCGACAGUUGAUCCGCUACGAGAGGGUCACCGUGCCCCAAUCCCCGGGGUAGCAAACAUGCAGACCCAGACGCAGGUUGAGAACCAGGAGCUUUCCGAGGGUAGCGAUCAAGGCAGCCGCAAUCAUUCUGUCUCACCAACAUUCGUCAUGGACAACUCCAGACCUUCCAGUCGCUCUUCCUCUACGGGCAACGGAGAUGUCAAAGUGGAUAAAGGUGAAAGUUCACCUGAGUAUCACUUUGGAACCACUAAGUUCUCCAGCUCACCAAGUCACAACAAAUCAUGGCAGCUAACGAGAGACCCUCCUGAUGGAUGUGAAAAACCACAGAAAACAAAAGAAGAAAUGAGUGGAAUCAAGAUCCCGUAUGAUUAUAGUCACCUAGCAUACUGUCCAGACAGCAAGCUCCCGUUCAAGCUUGAACAGAGUGAUAGCUCGGCCUUCUGCGCCGUUCCCAAUUUCCCUCAGGGUAAAGUCACCAGGGUCUCCUCCAACAGCGCCCACACCCAGACAACAGGUCCGCAGGUACAAGCCCAGACCCAGACAGCGGAUAUCGGUGGUCCUGAGACCAAUGGCCAUGCAGAGUAACAUCGUUCAGUCCUGGCCCAUUCUCUUGCUAGACCAGGUCCGGAGAGCCCUAAUUCUUGAUCAAGACCCAUGGGGGUGAUGUCCUUCGGUUUUAGAUGUUCUUGAGGACAUCUUUCGCUUUCAGAUGUCCUUCAAGGAAAUGUUCGUGUUUCUGAUGUCCCGCAUUACACCUGGUACUACUGCUGGCAUUGUUGUUGCAGUCCUUUGCAUGCAGAGUAACAUCAUUUUAGCUCCUGACAAUCAUCUUAACACUUGAUGCACCUGGCCCACUCCUAAGUGUACAGAACAACAUCUUUUGAGUUCCAGAUAAUAUUACUUCUGACAUUGUCGAAUUCUUCACAUGCAGGGUAGCAAUAUUUCACUUCCUGACAACAGCAGGGGGGGUGAGAGUUCAGAUUUUUAUCUGAUUUCAGAUUUUUUUUUUGGAUUUCAGCUUAAUUUCAGCUUAUUUUUGGCUUUCCUCUGGACAAAAAGUAUGGGAGCUCUUUCUAUUUCAGACUUUUUCAACCCUUUUCAGUUUUUUUCAGAUCUUUUUAUUUGUGGCCACUCACACCCCUGCAACAGAUUUAAGACUAGGAUCAGCUGACCCACUCCUAAGUUCCAUAUGUACUGGUGUAUUUUUCUAGCCGAGCAGUGGAAAUGCUAUUACAAUUUUGUUCCAUUUGUAAAAUACUAUUGAAAGGUGUGAUGUUCCACCUCGGCUGUCAAAAAAUUUCAGAUUUAUCCCUUUUUCACGCUGGGAUGAUACAAUUUCCUAGUUUCCUCUGAUUUUGAUGAAAAUUCACCCUUUUAUUUCUUCAUUCCUUCCUUUCACCGUCUUGCAAAUCCUUCAUGCAUACCUGAUAAUAUUCACAAGCACUGGAAUUUUUCUUCCUUAUUACUCUUCUUCUUAGAUAUUUUCCUCUUCAACUUUUCUACUUUUCCACUACCCUCAUAUGUGUUCUAAAAGAUCACUUAUCAAACCCAAUAAAAUGGUCAAGACGAAUUCAGUUUAAUACAUGUAUAAAGGUACUUUAUAGUGUUCGUAUAAUUUGCCCCUGCCAUGUGCAUACACUUUGUUUAAUUCUGUUCUGUUUGGUGUCUUGUUCAGGUUCUAUGAAUAAAUGCUUCAAUUUGCCCACACUUUUUUAAUAAUGGGAAUAAAUAAUGACAAAAUACUUCCUAAAUAAUAAUGACUAUUAAGGUUCCUUGAUGCAUGAGGUAUAAGCCCAAUCCGUUAAUAGUUUUAUUUUAAAAGAAUCUACAAAAUUUGAAAUACAAGAAGAUAAAUGUAGCAGUCAUAUGUUACAACAAAAAUUGUGGUGGAUUACUCGCUAUGUAGCUGGGGCAGCGGUAGAGAAAAACUUAUUGAAUUUAUUUAUUGAAUUGAUGCCCAAGUUUUAUCAUAGCUUGAAAUGAUGAUAUAAAAGAUAAUAUUGGGGGUAUCACAUGUAUUUUUACAUCAAUCUAUUUAUUCAUCUAUUUAUCUUUCUAUUUAUCUCUUCGUUCUAUCGUUUUUAACAUUCACAAAAGAAAUGUCUCCCCAUCCUCAGUCUAUCUUUCUGUCUCUCUCUCUCUCUAUCUAUCUAUCUAUCUAUCGAUCUAUCUAUCUGUCUAUUUAUCUUCCAUGAUACUCCCCUAAAAGGAGUCAAACAGCUAGGGUAUCUAAUCUGGGUUUAUAGAGCACUUUAUGCUCGAAGAAUUCUUCAAAAUAAUUUCUCAGAAACCUGCAAAAAAAAAGACUUUGUCUAGUUUUCCUUGAAACUAACCAGCAUUGCCAUUACUUUUAUUUCUGAAAGAAAUGGCUUUGAUUAUAAAAGAAAAAAGGAGCCAUUCGUUAGGAGGUGAGGUUAUAUAGUCUUGGUUAUGGUGAAUUAGGCUUAGAACAUGCUGUUGGAUUUGAUGUAUAUAUCAAAGAAUAUAAGACUUUGUGUAAGAAAAUACAAGAAUGCCUGGAUGUGUGAAACUGCGAAGGUUUGUUUCAGAUGAUGUGAAAUUGAUGCUCUAUGUUCAUAUGUUUCUAAUUUUCAUAUAUUUUUCUGUGACUUUCAAUGGACCAAUCAUUCAGUAUCCAAUCGUCUUUUUUGUGUGCAAAACUGCUUCUAUUUCCCCCCCCUAUCGUAGACAUGUAUUCAUCCUUGAUUCAUAGUGUAGAUUGAAAUAAAACAUAGUUAACCAUUCUCAAUCGCCUUUAGUGUCAAAAAAAGGUUUUUAGAUAUCUUCUUGCCAGGUGGAUUUGAACUGCGUUCGCACUGUUAUUUGUUUGAACGCAAUCCUAUCUUUGUAUAUAUUGCAAUGUAUGAUAAUUUUUUUUAGAGGCUGCAAUAUACGGUUGCACAUUUUCCUUCUACGCACACGCUUUGCUGAUUUUUGUUGGCGCAAGGAGUGAUUUUUAAAAUGCAGGAUGGAAAAUUGAGCAAAGAUUUGUGUAUUAUUAUAUGAAAUUGCCUUUGAUUAAGUUAAAUGGAAUAUGUUUUUAUUUAAUUUGAAAUUGUGUACCCCCGGUACAUCAAUAUCCUGAUUAAUUAUUGUCAAAUUUGUGUCCAUGUUUCCUAAAAAUAUUCACCUUUGAAUCUAUUUUACUUUUCCUUUCUGUGAUAUCAGGAUUAUUCUGAUUCAAUAAUCCUUAAAUUGAUAUUAUUGGAACGAUAUUCAUCAUUAUAUUUAUCUCAAAGUUUGCACUUCCUGCUCAUGUAUAAUAUCCAGUGCUGAUCGUUCUUGGUUGAAAGUAAAGAAAAAUAAAUUUGCUAGAUGAGGAACUAAGCUAGACCACUUAUCACAUACUCAAAAUCUCCUACCUAGAACCUUAUGAAAGUGAUCAAUCUUGCCUCAUAGAAAUGACCAUCUCACAACCCCUAAACUCUCAAACCUAUGUUACUACAAUGCAUAGCAAGGAUGCCUAUAAGUGAUAUUUUUGUCAGUUUACUAUUCUGGUUUUUAGGCAAUUAUUACUCAUACAAUUUUUCUCACUCAUCUAGUCAAAUUUAACAAUACAAGAUUUGUAAAUCCAAAAGUUGGAAAUUCAUUAUGUUUCUCAUAAAACUAUUUGAAGUUCAUUCUUACACACAAUGAUAUUAAAAUAUCCAUAUAUUUUUAUAGCGAUCAGCGGACAGCACUGAUUACUCAAUGAUUUUGAAGUACAGUCUGUCAGGAUCUGGCACAGGUUUGAGCAUUGAACCUUUUAUUGGGGGAGGGGGUAUUGUGCCCCCCCCCCCCCACCAGUUCAGAUGCAGAAAACAAUUUGAUAUUUCCUCUUGUAGCAAUAUUGAUCAGCGAUUAUUCAUUUCCGGCGAUACACAAAGUUCAUAUACAUGCGAUUUGCCCAUUUCGCUAAAGGGCAUAUGAAUAUCAUCAAUGUAAUUACUAAAUUGUGUCAUGUAUGUGGUAGGAUGUUCACACAAGUGAACACUGGUAGUAAACAUGCGAUAAAUGUUUUGAACAUUGAAUUAUGCCAAUGUCGUGAACUUAUUUACUUUUGGAGAUAUUCUUUGGCGUGAGUAUAUGGUGUAAAUUGGAGAAUUUGAGGGUAUUUUUUCCUGCUAACAUAUACAUAUACCACUUGCUUUUGAUGUUUAUCCUUUGGUGAUUAAAAAAAUGAUAAAGUUAUAUGUGGAAAUAUAGUUUGGUUAGAAUGUCCUUUAGUGGGGUUGUAUGUUUUUCGACAUUGUACAAAAUGAUUUGUUUUUGUGGACGUGAACAAAAACAAAAGUUUAAAUGCAAAUAAGUUCCGACUUGAAUUUGUACUUAAGUUUUACCUUAAAGGACUCAUCACUGUACUAUGAUAAUAUGUUAGGUUUUUUUUUCAGGAUUAUGAUAUGCAUUCAGUUUUCGGAUGGUUUCUGUAUGUUGUUUAUUUUGGUGCCAAUUUGCAGAUUGGACUUUCUUAUAUGAAGUGCUGUACAAUGGCUUCUCAUUUUAGUCGUUGGAGCGCUGAUCACCCAGAUAGUGUUGUCAAUUGCUGGGAAAAUUUGUGAGAUAUGUCUUAUGUUCCUUAAAAAACAAAUCAAUGUGAAGUAGCAUGUUGGUGAUGAAUUUUACUUGAUAUUUAAACAAAUAAGAAAGAAUUGAUUGAAAAAUAUAAACAUGUAAGAUAUGUCAUUUAUUUUGUGAUAUGAUAGCAUGGACUAUAUAUAGUUGUCAUGCACUAAAUUGUAGUGCCUUAGACUCUGUCACAGUUUUGGAAAUUUGUAGAUUGCACAUAGCUCACUUUCAGGUUAACAUUGUCACCUUUUAAUUAUUAUUUUUUUACUACUUGCGUAGUAUACACAUGUACACAGGCAAGUACGCUUUAUUGAUAUGUCUCUUUGAUAUAAGAAAUUUGGUAUUUGUUGAUAAUCUUUGUUUUUGAAAACAAUGAUAGAAUAAUGUGUUUUCCCCUUUUACCUGCUCAUUCAGGCUUGGAAAAGAUUUUUUGAUGUAAAUAUGAAUAGAUUUGAGCUCUAUGAUUCCAGCAAGCAGGGCAUUGGUUGUUUAUUUUUCAUGUACAGGUUGCGAGUUUGCGAUUCAUCCAUUCAUUCAUUCACUUCAGCUGUACAUAAUUCAAAUUGUAUGUAACUAGGUGUACAUAUUGUAAACAAAACCCAUCUUUCUUUUGCGAAAGCUAUUUUACGCUGUUUUUUUUUUUUAGAUACAAAGGUUUUGUGCAGUGUUAGAGAAGGAGAGAAUGCAGUGGUAUAUUAACAAUGUUUACCUUUUGUAUAUCUUCCCCAUCAUAUUCAACUUAUACUAUGAAAGAAAUAAUGAUUUUUUUUAUGCAAAUUAGCAAUGCACCUGAGUUGAGCUUUUUUUUCUGUUAUGUACCAAAUAGCAAGAACAUGAUGGGUAUUAUUCUCUUUUUGACAAGAUAAUUGCAUUUGUUUGAUUUUUCUUCUUAUCUCGUUCAUGACCCAUGUAAUCUGUACAGGAUUCUAGUCAAGAUUAUUUCUGUAAUGCGUGUCGAUCAAUAUAUCAGUAUUUUUUUUAGUGUGUAGUUUUGUGUUGACCAUGAUUGGAUGUUGAUUAUGUUUGUUUUUGUAAUAAUUGCUGUCGUUUUUAUGUUUGAUGUUCAUUGAUGAGAAACACUAAUUUUUCCCCUUUUUAUUCUGUGAUAGUGGCACCAUAAGGACAGCCACUCCAUCUAUUAAUUGUAUUUGAUUUCUUAACUUAGAUCCUUGAUAUUAUAUAUUUAUUUUUCAGUUUCAGAAUGGGGGAUGUAGAUGAAUACUUAACCCUCUGUUCGAUUUAGUUGAAACUUUUGGCAAAUUAUAGUGCCUAAAAAUGUAAUAUGUUGCCUAGCCCAAAACAUUAAAUUUGAAGGAGUCUUGA